AAUGAUGACAAGGGAGCAGGAGACACACAGGCACAUCUAACCACAAUGACAGACAAUGGACUCAGGCAAGACACGGACUGAAAUACACAGGACUGAGCAAAUUAACUAGACACAGCUGGAUACAAUCGGGGGAAAACACAUGGGUAAUCAGGGGGCGUGGCACACAGGAGGAGCGGACGAGCCGGGCAUGACACUUACAUAUCAUGUAAAUAGUAUAUGGGCAAUAUAUUUGCAGCAUCUUACAAGUAUGUUUAAAAGUACAUUACAUUAAAUAUAUUUAUACUACGGGACCGUUGAAUGCUUGAAUCUGAUUGGCUGACGAACGUUCUGAGAUGUGCAAUUAUUUUCAGGGAAACGCACGGCGAACGUAGUUCCAGGCAGCUCUCUUGACCGCAUUACAGUUCCAUAUCACUUCGCAUAGUUAACUGUAAUAACGGAAAUUAGCAUACAGUACCUAUACAGCACACAGGACUAAGAAAAACAUGACAGACGAUUUUCCGAAAGUAAAUUUAAAUAUUUACGGUGAAUAUGAAAUUUUCAACAACUGGGCUGCAGCAGUAUUAGACAGUCCAGAUGAAAAACAACAUAAACAGAAGCGGACAUCAAAGGCAGCCGGCAACAACAAAAAACAUAAAACGAUCAGCGAAGAACAGCUAGACAUCGUCGAGGGAGAAAAACACGAAGAAAACACCAAAACAACAGCUUGGGCAGUUAAUGUGUUUAACGACUGGCUUAAAGCCAAAAAUACGUCUCUGGAUGAGAUCUGGAAGCAGCGUCGAAGAUCAGGGCGUGGCCAGAUCCAGGAGGCGGAGUCGAAGGGAGCAACACGCGACGAUCAGGAUCUGCAGAGCAACCCCUCCCCUGAACCUUAUGGACGAUCUGGAGAGAUUAGCAGAGGGCCUCAGGAGGCUGAUCCAGCUUCGGAGAGCCCCGGUCCCUGCUACGAAGCCCGAGCCGCCGCCUCCUCUGCCCGCGGCUCCAGCACAGCCCGAGUAGCCACCUGCGCAGCCCGAGCAGCCGCCUCUGCCUACAGCUCCCGAGCAGCCGCUCCCUCUGCCUGCAGCUCCCGAGCAGGCGCCCCCUCUGCCUGCAGCUCCCGCGCCCAUGCCCGAGGCGCUCCCUUCGCCUCUUCAAUUGACUGUGCCCUCUGGGGCUCCUGUUCCUUGCCCCACUCCUGUCCCUCCUGCCCUAGUCCCCGAGGAGGUCCCGUACAGUUCGACCACCGCUCCUCCCUCCUUGGAGGUAGAGGAGCUAGAAUGGGACCCCUCGGGGACCCUCUUGGUGACUCCUCUGCCCUCACCCGGGUGAGCUCGACCCUUACCAAGGGGCCAUAUGUUUGUGUCCCGUAAGGAGAGAGGUAACAGAUGCAGGGCUGGGGUCCCACCCGCCCUGCCCCCUGGCUUGCCCUCCCUCGCCUGCGUUAGGGCUCGGUCGGCGCCUGUGGGUCCUGGCCCUCUGGGUCGGCUGUUGCC